UGGCUGAUGCCUAGUAGACGUGACAACGCGAUCUGGUCACUGGAAUUGAACUUGGACGCGUCCUUGAUGCUGAAUUUAGAGCCUCUCCAUCCGACCCCAAACUCGGUCUUUCAUCACCCAGAGCUCGGCCCAGUUCAUAUCCAGUACUACCCCCCGAUAAGCCACAACGAACCUGACACCGUUUGCCUCUUCAUCCCUGGUAAUCCUGGUCAAUUACACUAUUACGAGUCCUUCUUCUUUCAUCUACAACAACGCGCGCCGCGGGUUGCCAUUUUUGCUCAUGCGCAUAUUUCACACACGCCGGGCUACCAUGGAAAAGAACAUAGUCUGGCAGCCCAGGUUCAGAGUGCUAUAGAGGCAUUCGACGCCCUACAAGAAGACUUGUCGUCUGCAAAAAUCAUUUUAAUGGGACACAGUGUAGGGGCUUGGAUUGCGCUGCAGGUCCUCAAAGCACGGCCUCAGAAUGUUUCACAAGUGCAACUCCUCUUUCCUACCAUCACGCACAUUGCACGCACUCCGAACGGACGAAGGCUUUCUUGGGCUUUUCGUUCUCCAAUUCCCAGACUGGUGUCCUGGCUUUCCUAUUUAACCCGACCUCUGCCGAUUUCCCUGCUUUUUAGGCACUGGCCAAAAACGCAAAUAAGUGUCUUGCGCAGUCUUCUGAAUUCCCCGCCGGCGAUCUAUGCUUGUCUUUCCAUGGCACACGACGAAAUGCACACAAUUCGAGAGCUGGAUGAGGCGCUCCUGGUCGAACAUAGAGAGCGUAUCUUCUUGCUCUUCGGCGCGCUGGAUGAUUGGGUGGCAGAAAAUAAGCAGACAGUUUUGAAGAAAACCCCAACAGCAAGUGCUGUGCACCACGUUAUGGAUUUUGUGAAGGCACCGACACUGUCGCCCACGACCAAGGGGACUUACCUCGAGCCACAAUCUGCACCCGUCCUUCGAGAGGCAGUUCCUGCCGACGAAGUAAUCGGGGAGUACACGGAAGACGAUACUAAGUGGUACUACGCGCGCUAUCAGGGUGGUAUAGCCCACAAAUACUCCUCAGUCAAGUUCGAGGAGGACUAUCCGAUGCUUGUCGCCGAAUACUUGCGUAAGAAGGCCGCGGGCGAAUUGGCGGAAUUUUCGCCAUCAGCGCACUACGUACACCCCAAAUCCCGGGUUCGAUUAAAAGUCAAAUUGCGAACACCCAGCAUAUCAUCCAGAGGAAGUGCUCCGCCGACCUCAACGCAUUCAACGAGUGAACCUGACGAGUUGACUGACUCAGAAGACGAACUCGAAGACGAAUCCGACGGAUACGAUGAAGACGAAUCUGUUGAGCCCGUACGCCGGAGUGCACGCAACGCUAGCUCAAAAGCCCAAUCGAGGCUGCCAUUCAGUCCCAAGAAGACGCGUUCAAGAAGACCACUAGUCCUUGAUUCAGACUCUGAUGAUGACCAGAGCGUCGCGCCACGAAGGUCAAGUCGUCAAAAGCGCACCAAAAUCUCCGUCGAUCGCAGUGUUUCCUAUGACCCAAGCGUUGACCGAGAUGGGAGCGACUAUGAUAGUGCACCCAAAACAAAGCGCACCAAGAAAUCCCGCAAACUGGACUCCCGGCUUUCUCAUGGUCAAGUUAAAGGAAUUGAGGAUCUCGAUUGUGAUUAUGAUGCUGACGCCGACUCUGCUGGGCUCAGAGUUCACCGCAGUACAUGUGAGAAGUGCGACAAGUUGCCAACGCACCUGUUGUUGGAGGCCGAAAGAAAGCGAUCUAAGAAUAAAAAGGGACGCAGACGAAAAUCAACCGAAGAUGAGUUCGAAGAAUCAGGCGAUGAAUUAGAGAAAAUAACAAAGAAGGGCGGUUGGGUUAGAUGCUCGAAAUGCCCCGUCGCCGUUCAUUGGGCCUGUCUCUCAGUUGCUGAUCGCGAUGAGAUUCUCAAAGCCGUACGAGAUGUUGAUAGAGCUGCUUGGCGCAGCACACAACCAGAGAGCGAACUUCAAGACGAAAACGGAAAUCCCAAAGCAAAUAAGAAUGAACCCUCCAAGCGAGCGGGCCUUGAUCCCGAACAAUUUACGGAGUUCAUUUGCGGUGCAUGUUUGAAAGGUGGAAUAUGCAUGGGUUGCAAGGAAACAGCUCUUGAGCCUGAGCUACGAUCUUCUGGCGAGGCAUCAUCCUCUGGCGAUGUUGAAAUGAAGACCGCGCUCAAGUACAACUGGCCCACAGCCCUCUUUUUCCGUUGUCUCACGUGUAAACGCAUGGCACAUUACGAACAUCUACCUAUUCCUUCGGAAUAUGACAAUGACGCCUCAAUAGCGGACAUUGCCGCUCAUUAUACUUCAUCUUGGCAAUGUGCCGAUUGCGCUUCGUUCACUUUCCAGUUGGACAAGAUACUAGCAUGGCGUCCUUACCCAGAAACUGCGACCGAACCACGAUUGCGGCCAGACGAGGUACCGCAUUACAAGUCUCCGCUUCCUCGAGAAUACCUUGUCAAAUGGCAGGACAGAUCGUAUCGUCGAACGCAGUGGGUCCCACACAUGUGGCUAGCAUCCACUAAUCCGGGGAAACUGAAGCAUUUCCUUGCGAUGGGACCCAAGGUGGAACUUCUCGAACAGCCCAUUCGAGAUGGCGAACAGAGUACCGCAGAGAACACACAAUUUCAGGUCGUUGUCGACUCGCGACAGUCCUCCACCAAGCCUGGUAGUGCUGACAAAGAGUCCGCUUCACGUGACCCCCUUCCAGAUGCUGAGAAACGAAUCCCGCCUGCAUGGAAAACCGUUGACCGAGUGUUAGACAUCAUUCUCUGGCGUCCGAGCAAGGCACGGAAAGCAAAGGGAAAGGGUAAAGCCAGGAUAGAAUCCGAAGAUGAAGAGGACGAUCUGGAUGAGGAGUUGGAGGCAGAGCGAACAGCUGUUUUCGAUGGCGCUGAACCAAGCUCGGCAUAUUCGGAGUCACUAGCUGACUGGGAAAGUCGAACGAAACAGAGAUUCUCUAUGCAACAUAUCGGCGAGGUGGCAUGGGCCUUUAUUAAAUGGGACGACUUGACUUAUGAUGAAGCCUCGUGGGACUCACCUCCGCUUCCCGACGACCCUGUUCACUCUGCUUUUGCGACUGCUUUGCAACGUUUUGUUGUUUCACGUGAUGUCUGGAUCGCUGAUGGCAAAACGACUCGGAAGCCGGGAAGGGCCAAGGAGGGCUACAGUGCUCACCGACUUAAACGAGCAGAAGAGCUGAACAUUGGACAAGAUCCUAAAUUCAAAUUAAUGGACUUCCAGGUUGAUGGUUUUAACUGGUUAUGCGAUAACUGGUGGAAUAACCAACAGUGUAUUCUCGCUGAUGAGAUGGGUCUAGGGAAAACCGUUCAAAUUGCUACGUUCAUUGGGAAGAUAAUCCAGGACUUUGGUGCCUCUCCGGCGUUGGUUGUCGUCCCCAACUCCACUAUCACCAACUGGGUUCGCGAGUUUGAACGAUGGGCCCCCAAUCUUCGCGUCGUUCCAUUCUAUGGGGAGGCAAAAUCUCGGGCAAUCAUCAGGGAGUUUGAACUCGUUCACAAGGAAAAGCGAAAGAGCGGUAUGCUGGGCAUUAAGUAUCAUGUCUUGGUCACGACCUACGACACUAUCAUUGGGAGAGAGUUCUCAGUUUUCAAGAUUCCUCGCUGGGAGGUUCUUGUUGUCGAUGAAGGCCAGCGCCUCAAGAGCGAUUCCAGCCUUUUGUUCAGAAAGCUGAAUGAGCUCACGACAUUGCAUCGUGUCAUCAUGACUGGAACGCCAUUGAACAACAAUAUCCGGGAACUUUUUAAUCUGAUGAAUUUCUUGGACCCCAAAGAAUGGAACGACCUUGAAGGUCUUGCCAGGACACACGAAGAGCUGAACGAAGACUUGAUUAAGGAUCUGCACACACGAUUGCGACCAUAUUUCUUGAGGCGUAUCAAGAGUCAGGUCCUUAAACUUCCGCCAAAGAACGAAGUCAUUGUGCCUGUGUCUAUGGCACCGCUUCAGAAGGAGAUUUUUCGGUCCAUUCUCACUCACAAUGCCGAUCUCCUCAAUGGGCUUACAACAAAGAGGAGUGCCGCAAAAGGGAAACUCAACAAUGUCCUGAUGCACAUGCGUAAAAACCUACAACAUCCCUACUUAUACGACGAUUCGAUUGAACCACGCAAUCUACCCCCAGCAGAGACGCACGAAAAACUGAUCGACGCAAGCACCAAAUUGCGUUUCCUCAAGGUCCUUCUCCCCAAACUCAAGGCACGAGGUCAUCGAGUUUUGCUUUUCAGCCAGUUCGUGAUUGCAUUGGAUAUCAUUGAGGAUUUUCUCACUGGGGAAGGUCUUCGUUUCCUUCGUUUGGAUGGUAAUACCAAAGGAACAGAACGCCAGAAGGGAAUGGACGAGUUCAACCGCGAAGGUUCCGAUGUGUUUAUCUAUCUCUUAACCACUCGAGCGGGGGGAGUUGGCAUUAACCUCUUCACGGCUGACACCGUGAUCGUCUUCGACCCCGACUUUAAUCCACAUCAGGAUCUCCAAGCGAUCGCCCGCGCGUAUCGUUAUGGUCAAAAGAACACCUGCCUAGUCUUCAAGCUCAUGGUCAAAGACUCCCCUGAGGAACGUAUCAUCCAAGUUGGCAAGAAAAAACUCGUUCUUGACCAUUUGAUCGUCCAAAAAAUGGAUGAUGAUGAGGACGGCGGCGACAAUGUGGAAUCUAUCCUCACUUAUGGGGCACAGGCUCUGUUUGCUGCAGAUUCAGAUGCCCGUGACAUUGUCUAUUCAGACCAAGAUAUAGACAAACUGAUCGAGAAAACCGAACACGAAGCUGAACCCGAAAAGUCCACUGGGGAGGAAGGCGCUUUCUCUUUCUCAUUCGCUAAAGUCUGGGCGGCAGACAAAGACACGCUAGAGGAAGUUGUCGAAGAAGACAUGACUGCUGACUCGUGGGCCCAGACGUUGGAGAAGAUAAACACGAACCGUGAAAAGAAUCAAGCACAAGAGAUGGAUCGUUAUGGUCGCGGCAAACAACGAGCGGGACGAAAGCAGAAUUACACGAUGGACGAAAGCCCAGUCAAAUCCCGAUCACGUGCUCCCUCGAAUGCAUCAGUUGGUGAUGAUGAUUCGGCCUAUGCGUCCGAUGGAAGACACUCGUCCGAUUCAGAUGAUUCAAGUCAGGAUCUGCAUGGCGACGAUGGAGCUGAAAUGCUAGCCGAAGCGCUUAAUAGAGCCGCCGAGCAACCGCGGAAACGCAACAGGUCAGAACUCAUUGGGCCUCUAUCGACCAUUGACAAUGUUGCGGUGACUGGAGAGCCUCCAUGCUCGCUGUGCGGCCUUCGCCAUGCAAAUCAGCUUGGGGCGUGCUUGAUGACUGAGAAAUCAGAGCACUUGGCGGAAUUCCGGGAGAUGCUAAUACUGCAUCCAGACGACGAGCCGUUGGACAAGAGGCUCGCCGCUAUUGCUGCCAUCGAUGAAAUUCUAUACAAGCGCGGCCAUGUUCAUCUCGUCCACGGACAGCCACUCGAAAUCGUUGGUGACGGAACGACUGGGACUGCCAACAAUGUCUCAUCAUCGAAGAAGGCCAAGAUACGAGUGGAAGAGCCUGUAGUGCUUACACAACCUAAUGCCGCGGCAAGCUCCUCCAAGCGUCCACUGUCCCCUGGCCCAGCCUCAGACGGGCCGAACAAGAAAGCUCGACAGUCGCCGAAAAGCGACACGUGCUUGAUAUGCAAGAUCUCUCCCCAUGCACCUCAGGACUGCCCUACGAUCGCUGAAGGACCCAAAAGGGUGUCCUCAGAAAUCAAGCGACUUGAGCAACUUCCGGGAACGACCAAAACAGUCGACACCCUGCGCAGGAUCCUGGCAAAACAGAAGAAAGAAGAAAUAGCGAACAAGGAAGUCAUUGACCUGAGCCAGUUGUAA